AUGUCCGCCCCGAACCCCCCCAAGGACAAGGUCAACACGAACCCUGCAACUCCCCUCAAGCCCGACAUCAGUUCCCGCAUUGCGAAACUCAAAGGUCACGUCAAGCCCACGGCCUUUAACACCCCCGUCCGCCAGGGGAUGCUCGAAAAUGAAAUUGUCACGAAGAAGGCAGGUUAUUGGAACGGAUUGGGAGAUCCUCCUGGAGAGAAGGUGUCCAAGAAGGACGUCAAGACGGGCCUCGUUGACAAGAGGAUGCAAUCUAUGAAGAUACAUCAUGUCUCGCUGACGAUAUAUGGGUCGCUGUCUCGACCUUCUGUCUCGCCGAUCUCCGACCGCUCAGUCCGUGAUAUCUCUGCCAAACCUAUCGGCGACAACUUUAUCGAUCUCCCGCCGCUGCCUCAACCUGUCAACCUCCUUCUGCGUCUCAUGGAGCCGAGCCAACAACUCUUCUCUAAUCUCCGCGUCUACUAUAGGUUUGGCUCGUAG